UCAUGUUGCUGGGAGAAAUUGUCCAUGAUCUCCUGAUAUUUUAGGAUUUUUGCAUUAAAAUAUCAAUCAGAAUGAUUUAUAGAAUGGUUUUCCCGCUACUUAUGAACUUUUUGAUGUCUUUGAUGACAUUUGCAUUGUCAAUGAAGGUGAUCCCUCGAAUGAAAGGACUGUUUCAAGCUGCAGGAAUGGCUGGCAAAGAUCUAAACAAGAAAGAGAACGACGAACUAAUCCCYGAGGGACUUGGUGUGGUGUCUGGUGCACUGUAUUUGAUAUGUCUGUUCUUAUUUAUUCCAUUACCUUUUCUGACCAUUUGGUUUGAGAAGGGAGACUAUGACUUUCCUCAUCAUGAAUUUGUAAUGUUCAUAGCAGGUCUACUGUCGAUCUGUUGUAUGAUAUUCCUUGGUUUUGCUGAUGAUGUAUUAGACCUUAAAUGGAGAGACAAGCUUGUCUUGCCCACCAUGGCUUCCUUGCCUCUUCUCAUGGUCUACUUUGUUAAUAUUGGUAUCACGACAAUCAUUGUUCCCAAGCCACUCAGGUUUAUCUUUGGAUUUGAUCUUGACCUUGGAAUACUGUACUAUGUAUAUAUGGGCAUGCUGGCAGUAUUUUGUACAAAUUCUAUCAACAUUUUGGCUGGUAUUAAUGGUGUUGAAGCUGGACAAUCCCUCAUUAUUGCUGUCUCCAUAGCCAUUUUCAACUUUUGUGAAAUACAAGGUUCUUGUUGUUGGCAGGCACAUUUGUUUUCGUUGUAUUUCAUAAUGCCAUUUAUUGCAGUGUGUGCAUCGCUGCUAUAUUAUAACUGGUACCCAUCUAGUGUGUUUGUUGGCGAUACCUUCUGUUAUUUUGCUGGGAUGACAUUUGCUGUAGUUGGUAUCCUUGGUCACUUCAGUAAAACCAUGAUAUUAUUUUUUGUUCCUCAAGUCUUUAAUUUUGGGUUUUCUUUGCCACAAUUGUUCAAGUUUGUGCCAUGUCCUAGGCACAGACUGCCAAGAAUCAAUAAGGAAACGGGUUUAUUAGAAAUGAGUGAAGCAGUGUACAAGACAUCAGACUUAAAUCCUUUGGGCAGAUUCGUUAUCAAUGUCUUUCAAACUUUGCAGCUGAUAGAGGUCAAGCAUAACACUGGAGAAGAUAAAAAAUACACUACGUUUAGUAACUUCACUCUUAUCAACUUUGUUAUUAAGAUACUAGGUCCACUGCAUGAGAAGACUCUUGUAUGCAUAAUAUUAGGAAUACAGAUCCUUGGCAGUUGUGGUGCAUUUUUCAUCAGAUAUCAGAUGGUCAGGCUUUUCUAUGAUGUUGAACAACAUCACAUGAAAUGAACUCGCAACAUCCACAACAAACCAGAACAAGAGUAAAAAUAAUGGCAUAAGCUGCAUUUCUACUCACAAAAUGUAUGAAGAAUUCGUAAAAUUUAUUAAUUGAAAUUUGUUUAUAAAUAAAUGUUUGAAGAACUUUAACAACUAACAAAA